AUGCUAGAAGAACUCCCUGCCACAUCUACUUCCUCCUCGGACUCUCCCUCGAAAUCAGGGCCCACUGACCCCCCGCAAAAGCGUACGCACCCUCUCUUCGCCGACCUUCUUUUCUCUCGCUCUCAGGAGUGGAAACUCAGCACUAGUGGCUUGAGCGCCGGUGACCAAUUCAGAGGCACUGGCUUUGGAGCUGGUUGGGAGGAUGGUUAUGGGAUUAAUUAUCUCAUAGCACUCAAUCACAUCAAAUUAUGUGUCGAGUCCAAAUUCUCAUCCGCGCUCACCUUCACGAACAAGUUCAAGCAACAUAUCGCAGAUGCGCUCCGGGAUAUGUGCGCGAUUUGCGAGGCUGGAGAGCUCGAGUUAAAAGACAAAAAGAAGAAAUCAGUGGAUGGGGCAGACGCGCGAGUACAGGCGCGGUUAUAG